AUGAAUGAUACGCCCUCGCUGACGUCACACUCACUCCAUGAUGACAAACACUCAUCCCAUUUCCACAGACAGCUGACUGUUGUUGUUGAAGAGCCUGUGAUGGAUUCGGUGGCUCACCCUGAGAGAGAGAGAGAGGCCAAGCCAUUGCCGGCGUUCUUUGAUGAGCGUAACGCCUGCACACCCUUGAGCAUACUGGAGGGGCUGAUGACACCCAGGAGCUUUGAACAGCCGGACCCGGAGGACGUCCCGGGAGACGGAGUGGAGAUCUUUGUCUCGGACGCUGAUGACUCGAGCUCAGUGAAGUCCACACAGGAUCAGGAGGAACAGAAGAUUAUGUCCGAGUCGACAGAAAAGUACACAAGGCAUGUCCUGCGGGAGAGCAGUGGUUGCUCAGAGAGUAGUGUCCGGGUUGUUCUGUCGGAGAGUGAGGAGCCUGCGCUGCAGUCCGUGACAGAGGAGGGCCCUGGGCCUGCCCCACAGAGACACUAUGUGGACGGGACACUGCCGGACCUGCUUAGGAGUGGGAGCCCGUUGAGGAGGAGGGUGUCCAGCCCAGUGUCCAACACGCUGAAGGAAGUGCGGCGUGAGGUGGAGCUGUCUCGCCGUCGGAGUCUCAAGCUCAAGGCCCAGGUGGACAAGCUCCAGAACCAGAAUGACCCAAACUGGACUCAGCAGAAACAACAGGUGACUGAAGAGGUUGAGUCCAUUCUGAACCUUUUGCGGCCUCUAACAGACGUGACUCCAGCCGUUUCGGACUGCUUUGGGUCUGAGGGUCCUCUAGGCGUGGCUCUGAGCCAGCUUCAGCAAGUGGCACGCUCACUGGCCAUGAACAACAACAAGGGAAGGACUGAAGAUGGGGACAAUGCUGUCCUACAACAGGCCUUACGAGACAGAGACGAAGCUGUUGCCAAGAAGAAAGCAAUGGAGAUGGAACUGCUUAACAGUAAGACAGAGAUGAUGACCCUGAACAACCAGCUGCUGGAGGCUGUUCAACACCGGCUGGAGCUCUCUCUGGAGCUGGAGGCCUGGAAGGAGGACUUCCAGCUGCUCCUUCAACAGAAUGUGAUGAGUCAGCAGAAGCAGGCCGAACAGUCCCAGAAGAAGGGCCUUCUGGCGUCUUUUGGGAGAAAGGCCGGCAAGACCUUUCGCAAUCCCUCCCCGUCCCCCUCUCGCCAGUCAGCUCCCGCGACCCCUAACACGAGCACGCCAAUAGAACCUGCGAGCACGCCCAAAGAGCCUGAGAAGAGAGAAGCCCCGUACCGCUGGAAAAUCAUCAGAAGAGGUCGCACCACCAAAGGGUCCAACAACACCGAAAUGCCAGAGGGAAGCACUCAAAGCCCAUACACCUCACCCCCACUAAGGGGCAGGAGAGAUGGGCAAUUUCAAACCAUCUCCCUUGAAUGAGUAAAAAAAACUAGGAUAUGAUUGAAGAGCUUUAUCUGUGCCCAGCAUGUACACAUUGACUGUGGGCUUAAAAGCUUUGCACUAUUAUGUUGAGGUGAUAACUCCGCAAAUACAGGUCCUGUGUUGUCAAACUACAAUUGGAAAAUCAGUGGGACCAAACUUACUUUAUUCUUGGUUGAGAAUGCAGUUCUAUGUGCAUUUUCUUGUCCAGUUAAUGCUAAUGUGUUUGAUGUAAUGAUGUAUAAAUAUAUAAAUUCCUGUUGCACUCUAUUUUUUUUAUGUGAACAGAUGCUAAGCAUUGUUCUUCUGAUGCUGUUCUUUCUACAAGAAUUAGUAAAAAAAAAAAAAAAAAAGUCUGAUUUGUACUGCCAAUUGUCUUCCUCUGUCCAGAGCCUACGGUAAAGUUUACCAGCGUUGGAUGUCCGUGCUUUUUUGUUGAUUUUAUCACAACAAUUUACAAUACUUUAACAUGAU